CCGGUAUUGUCACGAAUAAUAUAAGACGGCGUUUAGCCAGAAAAUUCAAAAUGGCAGCCUCCAUUGUAAAUUUUCCCUCGCAUUAACAGGUUAAAAUCUCGAAGUUUUAGCGGCUAGAUUUUAGUUAAAAGUUUUCAGACAAAUAUAUCAAAUCAAAGAGUCAGCCAUGGCAUUGAACAAGUAUAUGCACCCAAGAAAUACAUACAAGAAAAGAAAACCAGACUUUCAGGCUCUUUCUACAAAAUUUGAUUACUUCAAAGAGAAGGUUACGAUAAACGAGUCCGGCAAAGUAAUACUUGAUUUCAAAGACCCAGCCGCACUAAGAGCCCUUACUAGGGCCUUGUUGGAAGAUGAUUUUGGACUUACCGUUACAUUGCCUCUUGAUAGGCUCAUACCCACUGUUCCACAGAGAUUGAACUACAUCUUAUGGUUAGAGGAUAUCAUAGGAAAAGAAAAUGGAGCCAAAGGAAUAGAUAUUGGAACUGGCUCUAGCUGUAUAUAUCCAUUACUUGGCUGCAGACUGAACCAGUGGAAAUUUCUGGCAUCUGAAAUUGACGAUCAAAACAUGUACUUUGCCAGCAAAAAUAUAGCUGGUAACAAAAUGGAGGACCAAAUUACAAUAAAGAAGGUAACAGAAGACACUGUCUUGAUAGGCCUGAUUGAUGAAGAAGAAACGUAUGAUUUCUGUAUGUGCAACCCUCCGUUCUACUCUGAUCAUCUCGAGGCACAGGGAAUAACAUCUACGCGUAAUGACAAUCGAUCAGAGUCCUCCUCGAUCUCUACCGCAAGCGAAAAUGAGAGCAUAGCUUGGGGUGGCGAGGUUAGGUUUGUCACACAGAUGAUAGAAGAGUCUCUUAUUUUGAAAAAGAAAAUUCGAGUAUAUACAAGUCUGCUUGGUAAAAAGAUGAGUUUGAGUUCACUAAAAGAUGUGCUGCAAAAGAAGAAGGUUCCAAAGUAUUCCUCCACAGAAUUUUGUCAGGGUAGGACCAUGAGAUGGGGAAUAGCAUGGACCUUUGAUGAAAGUGUGGAGUUUCCUAAAUCUGCAUUUCAAGAACAGAAGAACGUUAAACCGCCACUACAGUUUGAAAUUCCACGUUCAUCGGCAGAUGUGGUUGGAGACUACACUGUCCCGACACACUCCUGGUACAUUAUUAAACUGCUGGAGGAACUUAAGAUACAUUUCUACACAAAACACAAUGGGAAGUUCUACUCGUGCUUCAUCAUACAGGCUAAGGAGAACACUUGGUCACAUCAGAGACGACAAAGAAGGAGACAGAAGAAACAUUCUGAAUGUAUCGAUGACGAAACAACAGCAGUAUCUGAUAAAACUGAUGAUGUUACAAAAAUCACAGAUGCUUCUGAUAAUACACCAAAAGACAUUGAUGUAGAUAUCACAGGUGAAAAGCUUGACACCGAAAAUGCUGCAGAAAAUGAUGAUGUAGUAAAGAAUGAACCUAAUGAAAUUGAACGUGAUGAUUCAUGUACUGAAAAAAAUAAUGGGAAAAGAACAUUAAGUGAUAAAGACAGUGAUCAUGAAGUUAAGAAGAUAAAACUUGAAUCUGAUAAUCAGUGUAACAUAUUAAAUAAGGUUAAUGUUACAAAGGAUAGUGAGAAUGAUGAAACCAAAGUGGAAAGUUCUAAUAAACUUGUACGUAAAGAUGUAAUUGAGCAGUUCUGGAAGGAAAAGGAGACAAACAGUGAGAAAUCACAAGGGAAAAAAGCUAACAAGUCAUUUUAUGAGACACUUGAACCAUUUAAUGAGAAUGAGGAUUGCUUGCUGUUAAGUAAGCUCAUGCUUCGGAAAGAAGAGGGAGUUAUCUCAUUUUCAAUGACAUAUAUGGCAGGCAAUAGGGAAGCUAUGCAUCAGAUAUUUCAAUUUUACAAGAACAAAUUGUGUGCUGGUAAAACUAAAUAGCAACUUGUAAUAUAUUCAUAAUGACAGUUA